AUGUCUACAAUCGAUUGGCCAUUUUAAUAGUUGCAAUUCGACAGUCAUCUUUAGUUCAGUAUUUUGGAUGGACUUAAAAUAUUUUUAGUGGAUUUCAGUUAGCUGAUGUUGUCUGAUUUUUAGUUAAGAAUAUUAUAUUAAGAUACGGUGUAUGCUAAUCAACAUUCAACUCUCAGUCUCAACUUACAUUUAAGAAAUUGUAUGUUUAUAUUACACAUACUAUUUAAAUUAAUUUAUAUCUUGUCAACAUAUUUGCAAUUAUGAAUUAUACUUUGCCAAUUACUGAAAAAAUAAAUGAAUUUUACCAAUGGUCUUUAUCGAUUUCAGAUGAUCGAACAAAAGGUUGGUUGAUGAUUGAUUCACCUGCACCAACAAUUAUUUACACAGUAAUUUAUUUUAUAAUCGUUGGUCUGGGCCCGAGAUACAUGAAAAAUCGAAAACCGUUUGAGCUAACAUUUAUAUUGAUACAGUACAAUGUUUUUAUGACUCUGUUGAAUUUAUAUAUAGCUAUUGAACUACUAGUGGUAUCUAAUCUUUUGCGUUAUAGUUAUGUUUGUCAACCACUUACAUUUAUGAAUAAUAACGACGAAUUAAGGUUAUUGAGAGCAGUUUGGUGGUUCUAUUUUUCGAAACUCUUAGAGUUUUGGGAUACGAUAUUCUUCAUUCUCAGAAAAAAAGAUAAACAACUUACUUUCCUACACGUUUAUCAUCAUUCUACUAUUUUCUGUUUGAUGUGGAUGAUAGUGAAAUGGGUUCCUAGUGGUUCGACGUUUUUACUGGCAAUGAUUAACAGUUUUAUACACGUGCUUAUGUAUUCGUAUUAUGCCUUAAGCGCUUUGGGUCUAAAGAUUGAAAAGUAUUUAUGGUGGAAAAAGUACUUGACCAUAAUACAAUUGAUUCAAUUUGCCUUUUGUCUAUUUUGGUGUGUCCAUGCAAUUAAAUCUGGAUGUAAAUAUUCCAUUUGGAUGCAAUAUUUAUUGGUGAUUUACAUGAUUUCAUUUAUCGGAUUAUUUGGGAACUUUUAUGUGAAAACUUAUGUUCAAAAGGGCACAAACAAUAAUUCCAAUGUCAGCAGAAAGUACGAGUAUACAGAAAAUAGCGUAUGCACGUCGAAAAAAAAUCAUUAGUAUCCUAAAAAUAAUUGUUGUAGUUAUAUUACGUAUUUAUGAAAUUUGAUUAACUUUUCUCGAGAAGCAUAUACAAAAAUGCGUAAGAACUGAAAAUAAUUUGUUCUUAUUCAUCAUGUUUAUGUAUUUUAUAUCUUAAUCUAAAAUAAAAUGUAUGCUAAUAGUAUAUUAUAUAAACU